AUGAGUCUACCUUUGGAUGAAUGGAUUGAAACAGUCAAGCAAUGCAAAUACUUACCAGAGAAUGAUUUAAAGAAGUUGUGCGAACGUGUAAAGGACCUCUUGUUGGAAGAGUCCAACGUACAACCAGUACGUAGUCCAGUCACCAUCUGUGGUGACAUUCACGGUCAAUUCUAUGAUCUCUUGGAACUCUUCAAGACUGGUGGUGAAAUUCCAGAUACCAACUAUGUAUUCAUGGGUGACUUUGUCGAUAGAGGAUAUUACAGUUUGGAAACAUUUACAUAUUUAUUGACUUUGAAAGCACGUUAUCCAGACAAGAUUACUCUCUUGAGAGGAAACCACGAAUCUAGACAAAUCACUCAAGUCUAUGGUUUCUACGACGAAUGUCAACAAAAGUAUGGUAAUGCCAAUGCCUGGAAGUAUUGCACUAGUGUAUUCGAUUUCCUCACUCUUGCUGCUAUUAUCGAUAGUAAAGUACUCUGUGUACAUGGUGGUCUCUCACCAAAGGUUCGUACUCUCGAUCAAAUCAGAAUUAUCUUGAGAAGUCUCGAGAUUCCACACGAAGGACCAUUCUGUGAUUUGAUGUGGUCAGAUCCAGAGGAGAUCGAACAGUGGCAACCAAGUCCACGUGGUGCCGGUUGGCUGUUUGGUUCAAAGGUCACCCAGGAGUUUCAACACAUCAACAAUCUCGAGCUCAUCUGCAGAGCACAUCAAUUGGUACAAGAGGGUUAUAAAUACAUGUUUGACGAGUCGCUAGUCACCGUUUGGUCCGCACCAAACUACUGUUAUCGUUGUGGUAACGUCGCUUCGAUCUUGGCACUCGACGAGAACCUCAACAAGGACUUUAAGAUUUUCCAAGCCGUCCAAGAAGAGAGAACCGUUCCACCACGUACCACCAUGCAAUAUUUCUUCUAA